AUGAGGAGCGCGACUCAGAGGCGACCCCCGAGGGGAUGGGAGACCUCCCCCUUGCGCAAGGCCGACAUCGUCCUCACCCUGCCUGAUGACGAUGACGCGGCUGAUGUCCCCCCGGAGAGAGAGGGGCCGCCCGUGGCUGGGGGCUCCUCGAGGCCCAAGGCCAGCCCCCAGAGGAGGCCACUGGCCGAGGUUCCGACGUGGGGAAGGUCGGUGCUGAUCUCCCAAGACGUCGCUCCUGCUCCGACACCGCCUGGAGCUGCUUCCGGCCCAUCUGCUGCCCCCUCUUCCGCUCCUGGAGCCCGCGCACCUGUGCCUCAGGCUGCAAGGCUCUUAGGCUUCAAGCUUAAGAAGCGGAGGGACUACACCGCGGUGGACCAGCCGACGCCCGCGGCAAAGAAGAGGAAGGAGGAAGCGGUGGCAUCGCUCGAGACCAAAUCACCUGCGGCGGCUGCACCCCCCUCCGCGGGGAAAGGUGGUAACAGCGCUCGUGCUUCUCCGGCCCAAUCGUCCUCACGAGGCUUAGGGGAGCGUCCUCAGGAAGAGGCAACCCCCGUAGCCCCGCUGGCUCCGGAGGUGCCAACGUCCGGCUCGGUUGCCGAGGUCCCCAAAGCUCAGGAGCUUCCAGCCUCCCAGGCCAUGGUGAUGACGUCGCCUCCUCCCCCUUCUGCCGCACUACUAUCUCCGGGUCAUUCCGCCUCCCCUGACGUCCUGGAGCGCGCUCUUUCCGCGAUGACCCCGCUGCGAGAAGAUCUUCAGGGCGCCGACCCCCGCCUGGUAGCCGGGCACCUGGAGCUGGCCUCUGGCUGGCUUCACUCAGACGUGUCCGUUCGGGCGGUGCUGAGCCAGGUAGCAGCAACCUCCGAGAAGGACAGGCAGGCCGCCGCCCAGGCCGCGGCCGCCCGCGAGGUGGCGCUGAAGGACGUCGGGGCCGCCCAGGAUCACUGUCAGUUGCUGGAGGCCGAGCUGGAGACCAAGCGCAGCGCGUGUGCGGCCGAGGCUCGAGACCACAAGGCGGAAGAGGAGAAGAUGAAGGCCUGA